AUGUACUCCGUUCACUAUGAAGAGUUGCAAAAACUUGACCUGUUUGAAGACAUAAAUAGUUAUGUAGAUAAUGUCAAGAAAACUUUAACAUUAAAAAAACAACAAUGGCAAAAUACUCUUGCAUCAGAAAAAAGUAGCAUAACGCGCCAUAAUGAAGAAAUAAAAGCGUUUGAGAAAAAGCAAAAAAUUUUGAUUGAAACCGUAGAUAAAGAAAAAAAAGAAAUUCUCGAUUUACAAACAGAAGUCACAAAUUUGAAAUCUGAAGAGGACACGAUUAUUGAACGUAAAAAUUUUUUAGUGAUGCAAAUAGACGCCAUGAAAAAAGAAAUCCAAAGGCAACGCGAUU